AUUCAUCACUUCAUCGCAUACGUAACUUCCAGAUUCUUACGAGAGAAAAAUAGAAAAUUGGCAGAAUAUAUUAUUUCCUAAAUUGGAUUGGUAAAUUUGGUCAGGUCCCUCCUGCCCCUGCAUUUUGUUAAAAGUAGAGGCUGGAGGAGCAUCUGAUUCGGUCCCCCUAACUUUGUCGUUCAUAUUUCUCUUCAAAUCAUUGUCAUGAUAACAUGAUUGUUUCACUCUGCUGUGUCUUCUUUUGCUGACGCAUGCAAUGAGGCAUGCGCCGAUGCUGGCAAUCAUAUAUGCAGCAGCGCAACAUCAUUUAUUUGAGUGAAAACCCAUCGAAUAUUUUCAGUUCUUCAUUGGGUUGAGCUGAGGAUAUAAUCAAACAGGGGGUGGUGGGUGUUUCUUGAAUCAAAAGAAAGCAAGGAUGGCGGCAGAGAAUGAGGAGCAGAGGGAGAGCUUGUUGAAGAAGGUAUACAAUGAAAACUGCCCGGGUUGUAAGGUGGAAGAGGAGAAGGCGUUGCAACGAGGCCUUCCUGUUCGAAAGCUUGUGGCUAUCUGGGGGAUCGUGCUCUCUGCUGCGCUGCCAAUAUCAUCUCUAUUUCCAUUUCUUUAUUUUAUGAUUAGGGAUUUUCAUAUUGCAAAAAGAGAUGAAGAUAUUGGCUUCUAUGCUGGGUAUGUAGGGUCUUCGUAUAUGCUUGGAAGAGUACUGACUUCAGUUUUCUGGGGAAUAGUGGCUGAUCGCUACGGUCGAAAACCUGUCAUAAUAAUAGGGACUAUUUCAGUGGUUGUUUGCAAUACUCUCUUUGGACUCAGUGUAAAUUUUUGGAUGGCCAUCAUUACAAGAUUUCUUCUUGGAAGUUUAAAUGGUUUGCUUGGACCAAUAAAGGCAUAUGCAAGUGAAGUCUUUCGGGAAGAACAUCAAGCUUUAGGAAUGUCAACAGUUAGCACAGCAUGGGGUAUCGGAUUGAUCAUUGGCCCAGCUUUGGGAGGAUUCUUUGCUCAGCCAGCAGAGAAAUAUCCCACUAUAUUUUCUGCAGACUCUGUAUUUGGGAGGUUUCCAUACUUCUUGCCUUGCCUUUGUAUAUCGCUUUUUGCACUUGGAAUAACCAUUGCAUGUUUCUGGCUUCCGGAAACUUUACACAAUCACAAUGAAAAUGACAGAUUACAUGAUGAUUCCUUUGAAGCAUUGGAAACUGCAUCAUGUGGGUCAGAUUCAAAUGAAAUAAAACAAAAAACUGAAGAACAAAUACCUAAACAAAGCCUCAUGAAGAAUUGGCCGUUAAUGUCAUCGAUCAUUGUUUAUUGUUUUUUCUCACUCCAUGACAUGGCUUAUACAGAGAUAUUCUCAUUAUGGGCCGAGAGUCCUCGAAAGUUAGGGGGUUUGAGCUAUUCAACUGAGGAUGUUGGUGAAGUUCUUGCAAUUUCAGGUUUUGGUCUUUUUGUCUUUCAAAUUACUCUGUACCCGUAUGUGGAAAAGAUGCUGGGUCCUGUAAGAAUUGCUCGCAUUGGAGGGGUUUUGACUAUACCUCUUUUGUCAAGCUACCCAUUUAUAGCAUUGUUAUCCGGGUUCUCCCUCUCCGUGCUGUUAAAUAUUGCAUCUCUGCUGAAAAAUGUCAUGUCUAUCACGAUCGUCACUGGUCUGUUCAUUCUCCAAAACAGAGCUGUGGACCAACAUCAAAGAGGUGCUGCUAAUGGAAUUGCUAUGACUGCAAUGUCUUUGUUCAAGGCAGUUGGUCCAGCUGCUGGUGGUGCAGUGUUUUCUUGGGCACAAAAACGCCUGGAUGCUUCCAUUCUACCUGGUAUCUCGAUGGUUUUCUUCAUCUUGAAUCUGGUGGAAUUAAUUGCAGUUCUCAUGACAUUUAAACCAUUUCUUACUGUACGUGAUGAUAGACAGGGAUGAAACCCCUGUUGUGCGGAAGCGGCAAAUGAGUCCCACACACACGGAUCCAAUAAUACCGAUACUCCCCCCACUUUAGCCACCCGGUGCAGAACGGGUAUGGGGUUUUAAUAUAAAAGGCCUCGGCAUUAGUGUGUGUGGUACCAUUCCUUAUAACCUAAGGAUGACUCUUCACCUUUCUGAUGUGGGAUUCCAAAUGGCUUUAAUCUAAGCCACACUUUUCCAACAACCCCAUGGUGGAAGUUCAAUCCAUGUCUAGAAAACAAAAAAUGAACAUUAUUAUGGACUCAAUGAAUGCCUUAUUUGUAGUUGUAGUUGUCCCGACAUCUAUAACAAGAUUUUAGAGUAAUUUGGAAGCAGUGCUGUAUUCAUUCAAUCGGGAAAAAAAAUCCGAGGAUUUUAUGUUGUAUGUGAUUGAAUAUUCCACUUGGGAAAAUUUCUAUAGUAUUAUGGCAAUAUGGUCAAAGUUA